AUGUUUACAGUCAGUAAUCCGAAUAAACCACAAAAGCGAAGACUAGUGUGGGAUGCAGCUGCACAAUAUGACGGAGUCUCGUUAAACGCGUGUUUGGAGAAAGGUCCAGAUCUGCUCACUUCGUUGGUAGAUGUUCUUGUUAAUUUCAGAAUCGGAAAAAUUGGUAUAAGUGGCGACAUAAAAGAAAUGUUUCAUCGAAUACUCGUGAAAGAAGAAGAUCAACAUUCACAACGCUUCCUGUGGAGAAAUUGUGACGAUAGCAGACCCCCAGACGUUUAUUUGCUACUAGUUAUGAGUUUUGGGGCAACAUGUUCACCUUCGUUGGCACAUCUGGUAAAAAAUAGCAAUGCACGCGAAUACGAAACCGAGUUUCCGCUAGCAGUGAAAUGUAUUUUACAAAUGCAUUAUGUAGAUGACAUGCUGGAUAGCGUCGACACAGUGGAGGAAGCGAUUAAUCUAGUCAAUGAGGUUAGAAAUAUUCAUAAAAAAGCAAAUUUCCAUAUUCGCAAUUGGGUUUCAAAUUCUAACGCGGUGCUGCAAGCUAUAGGUAACCAAGGCCAGGAAUUUCAAUUUUGCUCGGCCGGAAGGCGUAUAGACCAUACAUUUGAGGUAGAGAAGGUAUUGGAAAUCCAUUGGCAAACCGACACUGAUAUGCUCACAUUUGAUCUGAAGUUUACCAAAGUCACUGAGGAUGUUCUAAGUGAAUAUAGAUUACCUACGAAGAGAGAGUUGCUACGAUUGAUGAUGUCAAUAUUCGACCCUUUAGGGGUGUUUACCUUUUACAUUAUUGACGUAAAAAUUUUGUUUCAAAAAGUUUGGCGAAGUGGAGUUAGCUGGGAUGACGCUAUUCCUAAUGAGCUAGUCGAUGAGUGGAACAAAUGGCUGUCGCUGCUUGGCGGUGUGAAAAAUGUGAAGAUACCGAGAUGUUACUUCGCUACGGUUAAUAAGGAUGCAGACUCCAUUGAAUUACAUGUCUUUGCGGACGCAAGUGAGGUUGCAUAUACAGCGGUGGUGUACCUAAGAGCGAAGAUUCGCAACAACAUAGAUGUUUCCUUGAUAUGUUCUAAAGCAAAAGUUGCACCAUUACGACCAAUAUCAAUUCCAAGACUGGAACUACUCGUGGCGGAAUUGGGAGCACGCCUAGGAAACAACAUCAAAAGGUCAAUAGACUUCAAAGUGACCAGUAUAACGUAUUGGAACGAUUCAAAGGCUGUUCUAUCGUGGAUAAAAUCUGACCCACGAGAUUACAAACAAUUUGUAAUGUUCCGCAUAGCAGAAAUCCAGGAGUUGUCCGAGGCGGAACAAUGGCGGUACAUUCCUACUAAAUUAAAUGUUGCGGACUUGGCUACAAAACAAACUAGUAAUUCAGACCUUACUUGGAAAAACCCUGGGUAUAAGGGACCGAAGUUCCUGUAUGAAGCAGAAACUUGUUGGCCAAAUAAUGUUGGCGUACAGAAAUAUAACGAAGAUUCUGAAAUCAGAAAGCAACGAUUGUUGGUGGCUCAUGUAGCAGAGGAGGAACCUCUCAUAGAUGUCUACCGAUUUUCAAAGUGGGAACGUUUAAAAUCUGUAAACCAAUGCUUGUCAGUCGAGGAACUGAAAUGGAGUGAAAAUUUUUUGUACCAGACAGCCCAGUUACAGGAUUACAAGAAAGAAAUGACCGCAUUAAGUAGAGACGCUAAUAUUACUCUUUCUAAAAUUAGCCCUUUGCGAAAACUUUCACCAUUCAUAGAUGCACAGAAUGUUUUAAGAAUGAAAGGUAGCUUAGAUAAAGCCACAUGCAUCGCUGAUUCAACCCAAUUCCCAAUUAUACUAUCAAGGAAAAGCUACAUAACUAAGUUGAUCGUAGACUGGUAUCAUCGAAAAUGGAAACAUUUAAAUCAUGAAACGGUGGUUAACGAAAUCUUUCAGAAAUACGACAUUCUGGGACUGCGUAGACUGUUAAAGCAGGUUAGAAAUAAUUGCCAACAUUGCAAGGUUCGUGAUGCGAGUCCAAAGCCGCCGGAGAUGAGUGUGUUACCAGAAGCACGACUAUCAGCAUACUCCCGACCAUUCUCUCAUGUUGGAAUAAAUUAUUUUGGCCCGUAUACUGUAACAGUAGGAAGACGCUCAGUGAAGCGCUUUUACAUGCCUUACGUGUUGAGCAGUGCAUUUGGAGAUAGCUUAUAG